AUGUUCUAUCUGCGUCGAGCGAUUGCGCCAAAUGUUUAUGGGAAAUUCACGUGUCGGAUACCACGCUCUCCGGUAAUUCCGAACAACAUCCAGAGGUUUUAUGCCAAGAAAAGUUCCAAAUUGAAUAAAAAACCAGUAUCACUCAAGCCAGUCACUUUCACGAUCCCGAACUACACCUCUGUUAGCAACCUUUCGAAUCUUCUGAACGUGAGAAUUGAGAAGUUGGUGAGGGAUUUAACGCGACUUGGAUUUUCUGAUGUGUCCCAUAAUUAUAUUCUUUCCAGGGAAUACAUCGAACUUAUACUGCAAGAAUACAAUUAUGAAAUUGACGAUAGAGUCUCUACUCUGACAUGGGAGAACGUUUACGCAGAACUGAAAUCGGCAGUAAAUCCUAAGAAUUUAGAAAGGAGGCCGCCUAUUGUCACUAUUAUGGGACAUGUAGAUCACGGCAAAACCACCAUUUUGGACUAUCUCCGAAAGACGGCGGUUGUUGCUCAGGAGUCGGGCGGCAUCACGCAGCAUAUUGGUGCUUUCCAGAUAGAAACUCCUGUUUCUGGCAGAAAAAUCACUUUUCUGGAUACCCCUGGUCAUUCUGCCUUUCUUAAGAUGCGUCAGCGUGGUGCUACUAUCACAGAUAUUGUGGUGCUCGUCGUUUCAGCUGAAGAUUCCCUGAUGCCGCAGACCCUGGAAGCAAUAAAACAUGUCCGCGCUUCAGGAAACGAGCUCAUUAUAGCAAUUACAAAAAUCGACAAGAUCUCGAAGAGAGAGAGAGACAAAGCUAUUGACAGAGUUAAUAACGAUCUUUUAUCGCACGACAUUUCCAUUGAAAAAGUCGGUGGUGACGUGCAAGUAAUACCCAUCAGCGCUCGCACAGGCGAAAACAUGGAUCUUCUGGAGGAAAGUAUAGUAGUGUUGAGUGAUUUAAUGGAUCUCAAAGCGGAGAAUGCAACCAAUACGGUUGCUGAAGGGUUUAUUUUGGAAAGCGAAGUGAAGAAAACGGUUGGUAAUACUGCAACUGUUUUAAUUACGAAGGGCACACUGCAAAAGGGCAAAGUUUUCGUUUGCGGUAACACCUAUUGUAAAGUUCGGAGUCUCUGUGAUGAAGGCGGAAGAGCAAAGCUUAAGGCUUUGCCAGCUGAACCCGUCGAAGUCUUGGGAUGGAAGGAACUACCACAAACGGGCGACGAAGUCAUUCAAGUUAAAAGUGAGGCCCUGGCCAAAAAGUACGUUGCUAAGCGACAAGCUCUGGUCCAAUCCGAGAAGCAUGCAGGCGAUGUCAAAAAGAUAAACGAGCAAAGGUGUAGUGAGGCUCUCUUGAAGCAACGACAAGAUGGCGGAGAAGACGGGGACGAAUCGUCCAUUUCCGAAGAUGAUGUCAAGGCAAUGGGGCCUAAAAAAAUCAACUUUAUUGUUAAAGGAGAUGUUUCCGGAUCUGUUGAGGCAAUUGUGGAAAGUAUUUUACCUAUUGGUAACGACGAGGUUGUUUGUAACGUCGUAGCUGCCUCUGUUGGCUCCCCGAACGAAAAUGAUUUGAAGAUGGCCAAGAUCACAAACAGCACACUCCUUUGCUUCAAUCUUCAUGAUAUAUCGAAUGACAUCAUCAACAAUAAAGAAAACGUUGAAGUCAAACGUCAUAACGUAAUCUACAAACUGAUUGAAGACGUUACUGAGAUUCUCACCGAGAAUUUAAAACCUAUUUAUGAGACUAAACAAGUCGCGACGGCUGACAUAAGAGAAGUGUUCGAUUUUAAUGUGAAAAGGAAAAUUAUCAAAGUGGCAGGUUGUAGGGUCACGAAUGGCCAGCUCACGAGAAACGCACUUUUGAAGGUUGUGAGAGGUGACGGUGAAGUUUCAGUGUUUGAUGGCAAACUUUCAACACUUAAACAGGGCAAAGAGGACGCCACGGUGGUGAAAAAGGGCAACGAGUGCGGCGUAACUUUUGAAGGUUUUGAGGGCUUCGAAGCAGGCGAUAAGCUUAUCGUUUACGAAAAGGUAAAAGUCCCAAGGUUCUUGUAG